CCACCCCACCCUCUCAUCUCUCUCUCUCUCUUUCCAAAACCCAACUCAUACCUCUCUCAGAAACCACCGAAAAUCUCAACGACAGGGAAAAGCAAUCCAUACCCAUCUCACGAAUUCACUAGAAACCCAUACCCAUUUCGCAAAAUCUACCCGAAUCCAGAGUGAAAACUCGAUAAUAAUCGAUCAAAACAAUGACGAACACGGCGUUCUCGAAGCUCUCCGACGACGUGGUGCUCAACAUCUUCUUCAAGCUCGAGGAAGACCCGCGCAACUGGGCCAGGCUCGCCUGCGUGUCCACCAAGUUCUCGUCCCUGAUCCGUACCGUCUGCUGGCGCCAUAAGUGCUCCACCACCAUCCCGUCCGUUGUCUCUGAUCUCAUUUCCGGCACAGCCAACUCCUCCUCUCCUCUCGGAGGCUGGGCCGCGCUCCACAAGCUCGCCGUCUGCUGUCCGGGUCUGCUCCACGCCGGCGUCCUCCUCGAGCACUCCGAUUUCGGCCUCGAACGCGAACUCGGCCCCGACGAGAAUUUCCGCAACACCAUACCGUCUCCGAUUCCGAUUCCGAUUCAGAUUCUGCCAUCCACUACCGAGCCAUGCCCAAGCCACCAUAUAGACGAUGCUAAUUCCGUAGCUGAACCUUCCUGGUCGCUCUUCGACGACCUAUACUAUGAUACUGUUUACAAUAAUUCAGAUUCCCAAGAUGGUGCCCAGGUUGCAGGCGAAGAGGUUGUUGCUGAGAACAACGGUAUUGGCGUUGCUGAGGUGGAACACGAACUUCCGGUGUCGAAGAGGAGGAAGAUUAAUCGGCAGAUGCGGUCCCAUUUGGCUUCUGGGGUUUGGAAUUUAAGCCGAGAGCAAGGUAGCAAGCUGCUCGCAAGGCAGUUCCGCGACGAUUGUUUGUAUAUUUGCGAUUGGCCUGGGUGCGUUCACAUCGAGGAGAAGCGGAACUACAUGCUCUUUAGAGGAAUUUUCAAGAACUUCAAGAGGACCCGGGUGUGGAGGACGAUAAACGAUGGGAAUAGGAGCAAGGUCGAUGUGAAUUGCGCUUUCUGCGCGUCCAAAGAGACUUGGGAUUUGCAUUCUGCGUUCUGUUUGAGGCGGGUUUUUGGGUACCACGACGACGGUGAGCCGGUUGUUCGAGCUUAUGUCUGUGAGAACGGACAUGUCUCCGGAGCGUGGACCGAUUUGCCAUUGUACACCUAAUGAUCAUGUCAAGCAUUUUUUUUCUAAUUAAGUUCGUUGUUUUUUUCUUGUUAUGGUUUCUUGGUUCUUUCAUUUCUCAUUCAUGUCUCCAAUGAUUAGAGCUGUGUUGUUAUGUUUGCUAUUGUUGUUUUCAUAUGUAUUAGCCGUUUCUCUAAUUGGAUUGGAGAUUUAAUAAGAGAAUGUGUGGUUUGAAGUUGCAAAUUAGUUUGUAUGUGGUUGUGAGAUUUGUUAAGAAAAGUUUUAUGCAGAUGGUUCAAAUUGAUUUAGUGAAGAUUCAAUUUGAACUUUGGGAUUUGAGUACUGUUUUAGUUAUCAGCAAUGGUUCAUAUUUUUGAUGAACUAAUUAGAUUAUGUUAACACAAUGGUAGAGAUAUUAUGUGUGUUUGUCGUUAUGUCAUACAUAAAACUUGUGAAAUAACAUUUCUUUAUUUCCAUUUA